GGUUUAGACACAUUUAAAAUGCUAUAGUAAAUGGUCGGAACCGACGCCGCGAACCGGAAGUUUGCGUUGUCGUCACCUGACAGGAAACAUUUCCAGGCAACAUGGCGGACGAAGAACAACAACAAGAAGGGAUGUCUCAAAAGGAACUCGACGGUUUGAAUUGUCUCGCGUAUGAUGAAGCUAUUAUUGCACAACAAGACAGGAUUCAGCAAGAGAUUGCCACCAGCAUUCCACUCGUAUCAGAACAACAGGAUCUAGCUAUACUUAAAAAAGAAUACGCUGAAGAUGACACAAUUUACCAGCAAAAAAUAAGGGAUUUACAAAAGAAGUACUCAUUCAUACGGAAGACACGGCCCGAUGGAAACUGCUUCUACAGAGCCUUCGGUUUUGCAUACUUAGAGUCAUUGCUGGAUGACAGUAAAGAACUACACAGGUUCAAAGCCAUUGCUGCCAAGAGCAAACUGGACCUCGUGAGCCAAGGUUUCACAGAGUUCACUAUCGAAGAUUUUCACAACACGUUCAUGGACCUGAUCGAGGUGUGCGAUAAGCAGCCAUCCGUGACAGAGCUGCUCAACUCCUUCAACGAGCAGAGUGUGUCCGACUACCUGGUGGUGUAUCUGCGCCUCGUGACUUCAGGCUACCUGCAGAGAGAGGAUGAGUUCUUCCAGUACUUUAUAGAGGGCGGACGCACUGUGCGAGAAUUCUGCCAGCAGGAGGUGGAGCCCAUGUCCAAAGAGAGCGACCACAUCCACAUCAUUGCUCUAGCACAGGCCCUGAGCGUGUGUAUACUGGUGGAGUACAUGGACCGAGGGGAGGGAGGCACAGUCAACCAUCACAUCUUCCCUGAGGAUGGAGAACCCAAAGUCUUCCUCCUGUACAGGCCGGGUCACUACGACAUAUUGUACAAAUAGCUGCUCAGGAGCAGUUCCCAACAUCCCCAUGCUGUAUCGUUCGAGUCGACUUCAAAGCUGUGAAACAUGAAUUUAGGAGUCCAGCACUCAAUCUCACCGUCUCUUUCUCAGCGCCCCAAAGACGGUCAGAUUUCUGUGACUUCAGACACUGGACAUUGUACAGCUCCCUUUUUUUGUAUAACUCCAAAUCCUACUCUUCUUCACAUAUCCCGUGCUUAUUGCUGGAGUAUUUUCUCUCGGUUAAACCUCUGUGUUUUAUUAUACAGCUUGUGUUCUUCGUGUUUGAAUGUGAGAAUAAACAUUUUGCAAUAGAUGUCA